AUGCUUCUGCUUCCUCUGCUUGGGCUCCUCUGCUUGUGCUUCCAAUGCUUGUGCUUCCUCUGCUUGCGCUUCCUGUGCUUGUGCUUCCUCUGCUUGUGCUUCCUCUGCUUGCGCUUCCUCUGCUUACGCUUCCUCUACUUGCGCUUCCUCUGCUUGCGCUUCCUCUGCUUACACUUCCUCUGCUUGCGCUCCUCUGCUUGUGCUUCCUCUGCUUGUGCUUCCUCUGCUUGCGCUUCCUUUGCUUGUGAUUCCUCUGCUUGCACUUCCUCUGCUUGUACUUCCUCUGCUUGCACUUCCUCUGCUUGCGCUCCUCUGCUUGUGCUUCCUCUGCUUGUGCUUCCUCUCCUUGCGCUUCCUCUGCUUGCGCUUCCUCUGCUUGCACUCCUCUGCUUGUGCUUCCUCUGCUUGUGCUUCGUCUGCUUGCUCUUCCUCUUCUUGUGCUUCCUCUUCUUGUGCUUCCUUAACUUGUGCUUCCUCUGCUUGCGCUUCCUCUUCUUGUGCUUCCUCUGCUUGCGCUUCCUCUGCUUGUGCUUUCUCUGCUUGUGCUUCCUCUACUUGUGCUUCCUCUGCUUGCGCUUCCUCUCCUUGCGCUUCCCGUGCUUGCAAUUCCUCUGCUUGCCUUCCUGUGCUUUUGCUUCCUCUGCUUGCGCUUCCUCUACUUGCGCUCCUCUGCUUGUGCUUGGUCUGCUUGCGCUUCCUCUGCUUGCACUUCCUCUGCUUGCGCUUCCUCUGCUUACGCUUCCUGUGCUUGCGCUUCCUCUGCUUCCGCUUUCUCUCCUUACACUUCCUCUGCUUGCGCUCCUCUGCUUGUGCUUCCUCUGCUUGUGCUUCCUCUUCUUGCGCUUCCUUUGCUUGUGCUUCCUCUGCUUGCGCUUCCUCUGCUUGUGCUUCCUCUUCUUGUGCUUUCUCUGCUUGAGCUUCCUUUGCUUGUGCUUCCUUUGCUUGUGCCUCCUCUGCUUGCGCUUCCUCUGCUUGUGCUUCGUCUGCUUGUGCUUCCUUUGCUUGAGCUUCCUCUGCUUUUGCUUCCUCUGCUUGCGCUUCCUCUGCUUGCGCUCCUCUGCUUGUGCUUCCUCUGCUUGUGCUUCCUCUGCUUGCGCUUCCUCUGCUUGCGCUUCCUCUUCUUACGCUUCCUCUACUUGCGCUUCCUCUGCUUGCGCUUCCUCUGCUAACACUUCCUCUGCUUGCGCUCCUCUGCUUGUGCUUCCUCUGCUUGUGCUUCCUCUGCUUGCGCUUCCUUGGCUUGUGAUUCCUGUGCUUGCGCUUCCUCCGCUUGUGCUUCCUCUGCUUGCACUUCCUCUGCCUCCGCUCCUCUGCUUGCGCUUCCUCUCCUUGCGCUUCCUGUGCUUGCACUUCCUCUGCUUGCGCUCCUCUGCUUAUGCUUCCUCUGCUUGCGCUUCCUCUGCUUGUGCUUCCUCUGCUUGCACUUCCUAUGCUUCUGCUUCCUCUGCUUGGGCUCCUCUGCUUGUGCUUCCACUGCUUGUGCUUCCCUGCUUGCGCUUCCUGUGCUUGUGCUUCCUCUGCUUGUGCUUCCUCUGCUUGCGCUUCCUCUGCUUACGCUUCCUCUACUUGCGCUUCCUCUGCUUGCGCUUCCUCUGCUUACACUUCCUCUGCUUGCGCUCCUCUGCUUGUGCUUCCUCUGCUUGUGCUUCCUCUGCUUGCGCUUCCUUUGCUUGUGAUUCCUCUGCUUGCACUUCCUCUGCUUGUACUUCCUCUGCUUGCACUUCCUCUGCUUGCGCUCCUCUGCUUGUGCUUCCUCUGCUUGUGCUUCCUCUCCUUGCGCUUCCUCUGCUUGCGCUUCCUCUGCUUGCACUCCUCUGCUUGUGCUUCCUCUGCUUGUGCUUCGUCUGCUUGCUCUUCCUCUUCUUGUGCUUCCUCUUCUUGUGCUUCCUUUGCUUGUGCUUCCUCUGCUUGCGCUUCCUCUUCUUGUGCUUCCUCUGCUUGCGCUUCCUCUGCUUGUGCUUUCUCUGCUUGUGCUUCCUCUACUUGUGCUUCCUCUGCUUGCGCUUCCUCUCCUUGCGCUUCCCGUGCUUGCAAUUCCUCUGCUUGCGUUCCUCUGCUUGUGCUUCCUCUUCUUGUGCUUCCUCUGCUUGA